GAGCCCACUCACAGAUCAUCUUCGAUCUUCAUUUUGUUCGACAUCAUCUAUCAUGCCUCUUCUUGUGGCUCUGCCCGUGCCCAUCUCUGUUAGUGCUAGCACGGGCGCUCUUUCUAGUACCGGUGCCGCAUCUCCUUCAGCAAAUGCUGAUGGCCUCCUGUUCGAUGAUCUUGUGCUCGGUGACGGCGAUGGAAGCAAGAAUGAGACGGACGACGACCCCGCGGUGAAGUUGGAGUGGCUCAGGUCACAGAUCAUCGGCGCCGAAGCAGAGUUCUCGUCGCCGUUCGGGACUCGCCGCAUCACGUACGCCGACCACACGGCGUCCGGCCGCUGCCUGCUCUUCGUCGAGGAGUUCGUGCAGCGGAACGUUCUCCCGUAUUACGGCAACACGCACACGGUGGACAGCUACGUGGGCAUGCACACGAGCAGGCUGGCCGGGGAGGCGGCGCGGUACGUGAAGCGCAGCCUGGGAGGCGGCCCACAGGACGUGCUGCUCUUCUGCGGCACGGGCUGCACCGCCGCCAUCAAGCGCCUCCAGGAGGUGACCGGCAUGGCCGUCCCUCCCACGCUGCGCGCCAGGGUGCUGGAGGCCCUGCCGCCGUCCGACCGGUGGGUGGUAUUCGUCGGGCCGCACGAGCACCACUCCAACCUGCUCUCGUGGCGGGAGAGCCUCGCGGAGGUGGUGGAGAUCAGGCUGCGGGAGGACGACGGCCUCGUCGACAUGGCGGCCCUGGAGGCGGCGCUGGCGGCGCCCGGGCGCGCGGGGCGGCCCAUGCUGGGCUCUUUCUCGGCGUGCAGCAACGUCACCGGGCUGCGCACCGACACGCGGGCCGUGGCGCGCCUGCUGCACCGGCACGGCGCCUUCGCCUGCUUCGACUUCGCAUGCAGCGCGCCCUACGUCGACAUCGACAUGAGGUCCGGGGAGCCGGACGGCUACGACGCCGUCUUCCUGAGCGCGCACAAGUUCCUCGGCGGGCCCGGCAGCCCGGGCAUCCUCGCGAUGGCGUCGCGGCUCUACCGCCUCCGCCGCACCGCGCCGUCCACCAGCGGCGGGGGCACCGUGCUCUACGUCAGCGGCUUCGACCACGGAGACACAGUGUACUGCGAGGACACGGAGGAGCGCGAGGACGCGGGGACGCCGGCCAUCAUACAGAAGGUCCGAGCGGCGCUGGCGUUCAAGGUGAAGGAGUGGGUCGGGGCGGAGUGCGUCGAGGAGGGCGAGCAGCGCAUGCUCGCCCUCGCCCUCCGCCGGAUCCGGACGGCUGCCAACCCCAACCUGCGCCUGCUGCUCGGCGGCGACCCCGGCAGCACCGCAGGCCGGCUCCCGGUGCUCUCUUUCGUGGUGUACCCUCCGGUCGUCGACGAGAACAAGGAGGUGGGGGCGGCGAGGCCGCAGUUGCACUGCCGAUUGGUGACGAAGCUACUGAACGACCUGUUCGGCGUGCAGGCUCGCGGGGGCUGCGCCUGCGCAGGGCCUUACGGCCACCGGUUGCUCGGCAUCACUCCGGCGCGAGCCAAGGCCAUCAAAUCCGCCGUCGAGAUGGGCUAUCACGGAGUGCGGCCAGGGUGGACGCGUGUCAGCCUGGCGUACUACACGUCGGCGCGCGAGGCGGAGUUCGUGCUGGAGGCCAUAGACUUCGUCGCCAGUUUCGGCCACCGGUUUCUGCCGCUCUACACCUUCGACUGGAAAUCCGGGGACUGGCUGUACGACCGCAGCUGCGGCCGCGUCCGGCCAGACAACGGGCCGGUCGCCGAUACUACCAUAACUUGUGCUGCUGCUCCUGAGUCGCAUACCGGAGAAGUCAAAGCAGAGCACGAUUACCAGAGCUACAUGGCGUUUGCACGGAAGCUGGCCGAGUCCCUGCUCAACACUGGCCUGGAUGACGCUCCGGCUAGGGGCAUUCCCAAGGCCAUUGACCCGCAGUUGGUUUACUAUAUGACGUGACUUGAGUCGCUGCAGAGUUCGACCCUUGGGUCCUUUUGUCUGUAUAAAAGAAGAUGCAGACACAGAAUGUAUAUUUGGCAAGAGUCGUGUCAUAUACUCCCUCCGUUCAAAAUUACUUAUUUCGAAAAUGGAUGUAUCUAGAACUAAAAUACGUCUAGAUACAUCCAUUUCUGCGACAAGUAAUUCCGAACGGAGGGAGUACAUACAACGGUGUGAGAGAACGUACUUGAGGAACAAGAAUGAUGACGAACCUUUUUGACCUCCUUUUAGAGCAAAAUGGUAAUUUUCCAUAUA